AUGGGCUGGCUGUGGAGCAGCAGCGAUGACUCGAACAAACUAGAUCCCUCUCUCCAAGAGUUUUUGAAGAAAGAGGUACCCACAGGACCCAAGCCUUCACUACCUGCCGCUCCAAAAGAGAAGCCUGUCGAAAGCGCACCUGCACCGACGCCGCCUACGCAAGCACCCAUUGAGCCCGAGAAGCCAAUUGUACCACCGCAAUCGCAAUUCCAAGAUGGGCGCUAUGCGCACCUCUGGAAGAACUACACCCCACAAGAUGUCCUAAUGGACCGGGGAAAAAACGAGCAGGACAAGUUGAGGGACCUUGUCGAUGCCUACAACGGCCGCAAUGCUACAAUAGGAAACAUUGCUAUGGAAAACUGCGCAUUAGAGUACAUGGAGCAGUUCGAGUGCUUCAGGAGCCCUAAGACAUGGAUGUCAAUGGGCACGUUGUGCAACGCAGAAUCAAGGAAAUUCAACCGUUGCUACGACAUGCAGUCAAAAUUCCUCAAGGCACUGGGUUAUUUGACGCUCGACGCGCGAUCACCGGACGAGGACGAAAGGAUUCAGAUGCACGCCGAUAAGCUGUACCAGCAAAUGCUCCAGCAAGAGGCUGAGAUUGAAAAGGCAGAGAAGGAGGGUAGAGAGCCGCCAAAAUUUGAGAGCGUGCUAUCCAAGGCCAAUGUCGCGCGAGCCAUGAGAGGCAAACAGACCACCAUUACAUCCCUACCUGCGCAAGGUAGCGAACAAGUCGAGACAGACGAAGACGUUUGGGACCAAAUCAAGCCAGAAGCGCGCAAGAGAUAUGAAGACAGCAUCGCCAAGCUGCCGCCGAGAGAUCAGAAUAUCGAACGUAUGGCAAUUCUGGGCGAGCUCAAGGCCCAAACAGGCAUGUCCAAGCAGGUCGAAGAGACAUUCGUUGAAGAGCGUAUCAACCGCAUGAAGAGAAAAGAAUCAGGGCAGGCCACAAUAGGAGAUACCAUCAAAAGCUGGUGGGGUUGGGGUUGA